AUGAAGACGCCCAACACGGAUUGCACACGUCCCCCUGGCCAAGUCGCCUCGCUCGCGAGCAAAAAGGACGGGAUGCAGCAAGGCGCGCUGGGCGGCGUCCUCAAAAGAGCUCGGAUACAUCAAGAACCAGGUGUUCAAGUUCUGAGUCCCGUGCGGCGAGGAUGUGACGGUUUGUUGCAACAGUCUAUUAGCGUGGCGGGGGAUCUGACGGCCGUGCCGUGCCGUGCUGGUGCUUGGAUAGUGCGGAGUACAGACUGGCGCUAG